AUGGAAGGUCACUCGGGUCGCCACGAUAGUGGAGGACUGGGGGAGGUAUGUUUCUAUCAUAAUAGGAUACGUAUUGUCACGUUUUUUGAUAACAAUGCUUACCCCCCCCCUCAUUCACAGCACCACCACCACCAACCCCGCCAAGCAAACCCGACCCCACCAACCUCACCCACAGCAACCGCCAGCCUAUCCAAAAAGCGCGCCCAAUCACCCUCCCUCACGUCCUCCCCCUCCUCCCCCUCCUCCUCGCCACCACCACCACCAAAACGUCGCGUCCUCCUCCCCUCCCUGCCGGACGAAACGGCCCUCCUCCUCACGCUGAAGGACACGCAGAACCUGCCGUGGCCCCGCGUGCACACCGCCUUCGCGGCCCACGGCUGGGAGCGCAAGCUCGCGGUGCUGAAGGGCCGCUACAAGGCUAUCAAAGAGGGGGGUGUGUACUGGGAGGAGGACGAUGUGGACUUGCUCUUCCGUGCCGUGUGGGAGGUCGAGAGGGAGUUCGAGAGGGGACGGUGGGAGGCGGUUGCCGAGAAGGUGAGGGGUUGGGGGGGCUGCGGGGGCAGGGUUGGAAGCGCGGAGUGUGAGAGGAGGUGGAAGAAGGGGGGGCGGAUGGAGAAGGAGGGGGAGGGGGAGGGGGAAAAGGUGGAGGAGGGGCAGGGGAAGGGGAGGGAGGAUGUGAUGAAGGUUGGGAGUUUGCUGGGGUAGACGAGGAGUUUAUUAUUGUACCGGUACUACUCGGUCUUAUUU